GUCUCUGGGUUCUAGAAGGUUUGACCAAACCGAAUACACACAAUGUCUGGAGUUAAGGGAGGUCAUGGCCAACAGAGCCAACAAUGCCAGAAAGGGCAGUUCGGUCAGGAGAGUCAGCAGUGUCACCAAGGGCUGCAGAGUAUAAGUCAGGGCAAAGAUUUGUGCCAACAGCAGCAAAAAGGUGUUUGCCAGGAUGCCUUUGGGGCUGGACAGCAGUGCCAGGAGCAAAGUAGCUUUGGAUCUAAAUCAGCAUUUGGUGCUGGGCAGCAGUGUCAGGAGCAAAGCAGCUGUGGAUCAAAAUCAGCAUUCGGUGCUGGGCAGCAGUGUCAGGAGCAAAGCAGCUGUGGAUCAAAAUCAGCAUUCGGUGCUGGGCAGCAGUGUCAGGAGCAAAGCAGCUGUGGAUCAAAAUCAGCAUUCGGUGAUGGGCAGCAAUGUCAGGAGAAAAGCAGCUGUGGAUCAAAAUCAGAUGCUUGCCAGAGCCAGGCCAAAGCUCAGGGAGUCAAGAAGUAAACUUCAUAUCAUCUGCGAUGGCUGGUGCUUAGCAUCACAGCACUCACUAUUUACAUGAUUGUUCUCUGAAAUUAAAAAUAAAUUAAAUUAUUAUUACUGCAA